UUACCCAAACGCCACUUUCUAUGCGUCGGUGGUAAAUUUUCAACUAUUUUUUCAUCUGAGCUUGAUUGUUGCGACCGAAUGAGAGUUGUUACAUCACAGCGAAUUCUCCAUAGUUUGUGUGGAAAAUGCGCGGGAUGAGAUUUGUGCUUGCCUCACUGAACAAAACAAGUGUGUUAGCCUUUCUGCAGUGUUCGGAAGCGUGAUAAAUUAUUCACAAGGGAUUGCCACUCAGGUAGAGGUUGGCGAGGGUAAACAACGUAGGCUAUCGGAAGGCCACCCGUCAUCAUCAAUGGUAUAAUUUUCUCAAAGAAGGCAUAAAUUGCCUUUUACGCGAAUUUCAUAACGGCUACCUAGAGAAAAUCGGGGCAAACCCACACACGUAUCUAGCAAUGAGUGGAUAUCUGGGAGACCUCUCUGCUUCUCAACAAAAGAGCCUUGAGGAAUUUAAAGGAAUGUUAACAACAGAGACCAUUAGUGAUGAGGCAACUUUACUGAGAUUUUUACGGGCGCGCAGUUUUGACACAAAGGCUGCUUACAACCAGUAUAUACGGACCCGGGAGUGGCGUGUUAACAAUGAUAUAGAUCAUGUCCUCGAACGUGAGAGACCAUUAGAUGAAGAGAUGAAAAAGAUCGUAUCCUGCAGUUUUCACAAAUACGAUAAACUUGGACGCCCCUGUUACAUUGAACACACAGGAAGAACUGAUACCACUGCCCUGAUGAAGCUUCCUCAAGACCAAUUCAUAGGAUGGCACAUUUGGAAUAACGAAAGACAAAUUCAAAGAAUGAGGGAACUUUCCACAAAACUUUUUCAUUUUCAGAUUUUCCUUGUCAACACCUCGUGGGUUUUUCCAGUCCUUUGGAGAAUAGCCAAGAUUUUCGUGGACCCAAAGACAAGAACGAAAUGUGUUGUGCUUAAAAGCUCAGAGCUCAGCAAACUGUGUGACUAUUUUGAUCCUGAGGAUUUGCCAGAGGAAUUUGGAGGCUCUUGUAGAUGUGACAAUGGCUGUCUUCCUCCUAUACCCAAACACAUGCUGGAAGUGAAGGACAAUCCACUACUGAUAGAGCAGACAAUAGGACCCAAGAAAUCAUUUACAUAUGAAGUAAACUGUGAUAACAAGAAAGCUGACACGUCCAUAGCAUGGUAUUUUAAAGCUACAAGUAAAGACAUUCAAUUUGGAAUUAAGUUCAAGGCCAAGCCUCAUUCAGGAUGGAAAGACAAUGAAAAUGAAAUUGAGGAGAUCUGGGUCGAGGAGCUUGAACCAAUUACAGAAUGUGAUGUAUCAGUGACUGGUUUCUACACUCCACCUUGUCCUGGUAUCUGCACCUUAGUGUGGGACAAUUCAAACUGCAAGUGGCUCUCAAGAACAAUCAAGUACCAUGUCAUGGUCAGUGAGGUAGACUCUGAUGAAGAAAUAUCAACUAAUGGUAACAAAGAAAUUUGCUAAACAGCAAGUAUUGUUGGGGCAGCUUGUAGAAUGCAGUAUCCAUGUGCUAAUUAACACUUAGAAUAGGGGCUGGAGAUCUCUAUCAUAAAAUGGUUGAUGAGGGCAAAGCCUGAUUAUUAUGCAAUGAAAUCUAAAGCAAAUAAUCUAAUUGCUUUGGUAUAAAUCUAUUUGUCUUUGAAAACAUAACAACAACUUAUUUUAAGACAGUCUCAUGUUGUUGUGGCUACUGCCUCCUAUAGGAGGUGAAGCCACAGAAUGAUGUUACAUUUUUGAGAUGAGUAAGUGAGGGAGUUUUACAAUAGAAUUCCGAUCUUGACCCAGUUUUGAUCAGAUGUUUCUGGGUGCUACUUAUUGUUUGAUUCAGAGUAUCUUAGUACUGUAGUUCGACAUUCACACAACACACUGGUAAGUUUUCUCCUUUUGUGAUUUCUGGCUUAUAGCCUCUAGCACAUUAUUUUUUGUAGAUAUAGGCAUUUGAUAUGUAACAUUAUUUGAUAAGCUGAGUUAUACAUGCAUUUGGAUUGGUUCUUAUUUAUAUGUCAGAAGACGGAUGCAAAGAUAACAUCACUUGAAAAAUUUCAGUGAUCCACCCAGCAGCACCUGGGGUGCUACUUUUUUGUUUUAACCUCAUUUUUCUGUCGUCUGUGAUUUUUUACUGAACAGACACAGAAACAUGGAAUCUAAUCAUUAACCCCUUAGCUCUCAGGAGUGACCAAGACAGAAUUUCUCCUUACAAUAUCAAUUCAAUGUCAAGAAGACAGGUGAUAAGAAUAAAGAGAAACAUCAGUCGUGCUAUUAAUAGUUGAUCUAAUACCAAAAUCUCCAAGCUAACGUCAUGAGGACUGUAUAGCAGACACUGAGGAGAAUUACUUAUGUGAUCUGGGAGUGAAAGGGUCAAACUUUGCUAAUUUUGAUACACAAUCAAAAAUAAGAAGAACAAAAUUUUUUAACCAGGAAAUAUGUCUUGUCACAUCCUUUUAAGCCUUUAACUAAAUGAUUAACAUAUAACUUCCCCCCUAUAACAUCCACACAUUAUCCAGACGAAUAGUAUUGAGAAGACUCAAACUUAUCAGGUAGAAGUUAGUAAUCUUGAUCUAACACCAAAUUCUCAUGACUUAUUUACAAGGAAAUGUGUAGCAGCUAGAAGGGAGAGUUAACAAUCAGAUCUUUGGAGUUAAAGGCUUAACAUCUAAAAGGAAUUUUUCUCUCCAUAAAGGAUGGUGGAGAUUUUCAUAGCAUAGGUUUUAACUGUGGCAAUUAUAUAUGGUAAAUUAUUAGUUAAUGGUAAAUGAUAACAACAUUAUUUAUUAGUGAGAGUUAUCCUGCAAUUAGAAUUCAAGUUAUUUAAUUGAAUGAUCAUGAAUUCUGGAAAUAUUUUUCUAGUGAUAAACCAUUUAACAAGCUAUUUAAACAGCUUAUGAUUCUCACAUAAGGAUACUUGCCAUGAUCACUUAUUCCUUAUAAACAUGCUGCUUGAUGGAAAGUGAUAAUAAUUCAUAUGUUGGUGUGAGUUAUUUCUAGUGAAUUUCUAGGUUUCCCUCAGAUAUUUGUAGCACGAGGUUGAAAACUGCUAAUUGUGUAUAUAAAUAGAGGAAGACUCAACGAAUUAUAAGAUUCAGAACAAACGAGCAUUUUUAGCUUUGUUCUUCAACUUCAUACAAUUUGGACAUACGCUGAAUUCUAAAAAGUGCUACAAUAUCUUUUCUACUAACUUAUGGUAUUUUCCUAUUUUUCAUACGCAGAAAACGUUUUUAUGGGACUCAAUGUGAAGUGUUAAUGAUAUUUUCCAAGAGAAAAAAAAGGGUUGAUCUCAUCGCUAUUAAUGAAAUAUUUUCCAAGAGAAAAUGUUUAUUUAAACUUGGUUGUAUGUAAUUUUGUGAAACAAGCUAAAAAUGUCAUGGUCGGGUGUUUCAACUUAAUAGGGCUGUUGUAUAGUUCUUUGAUAAAUUUCAAGUAUUGCUUCUAACUAAUAUUUGAAACUUUUUCUACUGACAUAGAAGUGUACUCAGUUAUCAGAGAAUACUUUUCUGAAAAUCAGCUAAAAUCAUUCUGAAAGCGUUAACCACUGCUUAGGCGUUUCCCGCGCUUUUAGUUUGCUAUUUGUUUGCAAUCCCUUGUUGCAAUUUUCCCGCUCAUUUUGUCCCGCUCAUAUUUUCCCGCUCAUUUUUCGCGCCAUAAGACUGGCUGCUUCGGAUUUUUGUAUUCGGUAAUAAAAAGGGGUCCAUUACCUCGAAGAAUUUCUAGCCAAUCAGGUUCAAUCAAUCCAGAAGCGUUGCCAAUGGUUACACGUUUCUCGCGCUUUUCGAUUAGCUGGUUGCAUUUUUCUCGCCCAUUUUUUCCCGCGCUUUUACCGGCUCCUUCGGGUUAUGAUUGGUUUAUUCUGUAGCCCGUAGUUGGUCUCUUUUCACGCUGCACAACUUUGGCUAAGCACGACGCUACAAACCAAUACUUUUUUUAAGUGGUAAGUUCCAAGAAACUUAAAACUAAUGCGAUUAUUUAAGUAUUUAUUGGCUUAAUGUGGCUGUUUAUUUACACUUACUUUCAGUCCUUUUUCAAAAUAUUUGAACAAGAGAAGAGUAAACUUAAUCCUCUCUUGAGUUUAAGUUAUUUACAUAUUGUAAUGUUAACGUAACUUUCUCAUUAAGAGAACUUUAGAUAACGCAUAUGCGUUUUUAGAUGGUAUACAAGUAGUAUUAUAUUUUGAAGUUAGAAUAUACGAAUAAACCAGCAUAAAAAAAGUG